UCUCCCCCCACUCUUUCGUUAUCUAACGCGAAUUAUUGUUGAACAUCUCCACCAAUGCCGACCUCAAUUAUGUCUACUUCUUCCAGUAUCAUUCCUCAUCUUUCUCCUCCUAUUACCUAUUGUUCUUUUUCGUCUUCUUCCACCCUUAGAGGCAUCUCUCUCUCUUUCUUCCCCAGAAAUCCAUCUCUGAAAACACCUCUAUCGAUGAACAAACGAACCAACUUAAGCGUCCGAUCAGCAGUAGCCAUUGAGAAAGAGACUCCACAGGAUGAACGCCCAGAUACAUUUCUCCGUGAAUCCGAUGGUCCAUCGUCCUCCGUUAGGGCUCGCUUCGAGAAAAUGAUCAGAGAUGCUCAAGAUGAUGUCUGCACGGCCAUAGAGGCCGUGGAUGGCGGCGGCAAGUUCAAGGAAGAUGUGUGGUCGAGGGCCGGCGGUGGUGGCGGUAUCAGCAGAGUUUUGCAGGACGGUGGGGUGUGGGAGAAAGCUGGUGUUAAUGUGUCUGUUGUGUAUGGAAUGAUGCCCCCUGAAGCUUAUAGAGCUGCCAGGGGUGAGAAUGCGGUGGAGAAGCCCGGCCCUGUACCCUUUUUCGCAGCCGGAAUCAGUUCGGUUUUGCACCCUAAGAACCCUUUUGCGCCAACUUUACACUUUAACUAUCGGUACUUUGAAACAGAUGCUCCAAAAGAUGCUCCUGGAGCACCUAGACAGUGGUGGUUUGGUGGAGGCACUGAUUUGACUCCUGCCUAUAUCUUCGAGGAGGAUGUCAAACACUUUCAUACGGUUCAAAAAAAUGCCUGUGACAAAUUUGAUCCAAGUUUCUACCCCAGAUUCAAGAAAUGGUGCGAUGAUUAUUUCUUUAUUAAGCAUCGAGGUGAAAGACGUGGGCUUGGAGGAAUAUUUUUUGAUGAUCUUAAUGACUAUGAUCAAGAGAUGCUUCUUGCCUUUGCAUCUGAAUGUGCAAAUUCUGUAGUUUCUGCGUACUUACCAAUUAUUGAGCGACGGAAGGAUAUGCCAUUUACAGAUCGGCAUAAGGCAUGGCAGCAAUUACGAAGGGGACGCUAUGUGGAAUUCAACUUGGUUUAUGAUCGAGGUACGACAUUUGGACUAAAGACAGGAGGCCGUAUUGAGAGUAUUCUUGUUUCUCUCCCACUCACAGCACGAUGGGAAUAUGACAAUAAACCAGAAGAGGGAAGUGAAGAAUGGAAAUUAUUAGAUGCCUGCAUCAACCCUAAGGAAUGGAUCUGACGUCCGAAGGAU